AUGGAUUGUUGUAAUAAAGGAGAAUCUUGUGGAUCUGGAAAAGGAUCAGAAGCAUGUAAAAAAAAAUGCGGAACUGACUGUAAAUGCACAGAUUGUAAAUGUGGAGCUAGCUGCCAAUGUGGCGAUAAUUGCAAAUGUGGUCCUGAUUGCAAUUUUAUAAUGUUAAUUGAAGGUUCUGGUAUUAAUAUUACUAAUAAGUUUAUUCAACAAACUGAAAAAGAUUUUUUGUAUCAUUUUGGACUAGAUAAACAAUCAGAUGCAUUUGAUAAAACAUUUAAAGAUGUUAAAAUCAUAUGUACAGGAGGAUGCUACAAAAGAAUAGAAAAUUAUGCAAUGAUGUUUGCUAAAGAAGUGGGAUUACCAACACCAAAAAAUAUGUGCAAAAGUUAUAGGUAUGUUUUAUUCAAAACAGGACCAAUACUUUGGAUUAGUCAUGGAAUUGGAUCAGCCUCCUUAUCAAUAAUGUUAAUAGAAACUAUAAAAUUAUUAUAUCAUGCCAAAGCUACUGAUGUAUCAUAUAUUCGUAUUGGAACUAGUGGUGGAAUUGGUGUUGAUGGUGGAACUGUUAUAAUAAGUUCAGGUGGUGUUAAUGGUGAACUUAAACAAGAACAUAUUCAAUAUGUUCUUGGUGAAAAAGUGACACAUUCAGCUACACUAGAUAGGCAACUUCAACAAGAAUUAGUUGAAACUGCCAAAAAAUUAGAAAUCCCAUAUGAUACUGGAUUGACAUUGUGUGCAGAUGAUUUUUAUGAAGGACAAGGAAGAUUAGAUGGAGCAUUUUGUAAUUAUACUGAAGAAGAUAAAUUUAAAUUCCUUGAAAAAAUAUAUAAAAUUGGAGUAAGAAAUUUUGAAAUGGAAUCUACAUGUUUUGCCUCAUUACUUAAUAGAGCUAAUAUAAAAGCUGCAAUUAUUUGUGUAGCAUUAUUAAACAGAUUAAAAGGUGAUCAAAUUGAUAUUGAUAAUGAUACUUACCAUGAUUUUGAAAUGAGACCUUAUCGAAUUGUCUGUCAAUACUUAAAAAAUAAAUUUACUUUUUGA